UCAGGGAGACAUCAAUGGAUGUGAAAAAAUUGAAAAGGGUUUGCGUUCUGGGAAGCGGUGGAUGGGGUUCGGUGAUAGCCAGAAUCGUGGCUAGAAAUGUUCUUUGUAUGAGACGGUUUCAUCCCAAAGUUACCAUGUACGUUUUCGAGGAAUUCCUGGACGGUAGAAAACUCACGGAGAUCAUAAACAAGGAGCAUGAGAACGUCAAAUAUUGUCGAGGUUAUAAAUUCACGAAUAACUUAAUUGCAUUAUCUGAUCCAGUAGAAGCUGCCAAAUAUGCAGAUUACAUCAUCUUCGUGACUCCUCACCAAUUCGUCGAUGGUCUAUGCAAACUAUUGUAUGGUAAAAUCAAGAAAAGAGCUGUAGGGGUUUCCCUAAUAAAGGGUUUCGAAAAAAAAUCUGGUGGUGGUAUAGACUUGAUCUCGCAUAUCAUCAGUAAGAAACUGGCGAUUCCUUGCCACGUCUUGAUGGGUGCCAACAUAGCCUCCGAAGUGGUGGCUGAAAUAAAACACUGCACAUCAACCCUAGGCUGCAAGAACAGGAAACGUGGGGAGGUUUUAAAAGAUUUAUUCGAAACUGAUCACUUGAAGAUAUCAGUUGUGGCCGAUGAGGAUACUGUGGAGAUUUGUGGUGCUCUCAAGAAUAUAGUGGCCACCGGCGUUGGUUUCGUCGACGGUCUCGGUUUGGACAAUCGCAUGAAGGAGGCCAUGCUCAGGCUGGGUUUCAUGGAGAUGAUGAAGUUCGUCGAUUUGUUCUAUCCGGGCGGUAGACUGUCGACAUUCUUCGAGAGCUGCGGCAUAGCGGAUCUCAUAGUGACCUCGUUCGCUGGGAGGAAUAGAAAGUGCGCUGCAGCUUUCGUGACCAGCGGAAAGACCAUCAAGGAGCUGGAGAAGGAGAUGCUGAACGGACAGAUGCUGCAAGGACCGCCGACUGCUGAAGAGGUCACGUUUAUGUUGAGGAACGAAAAAAUGACAGAUCAGUUUCCACUGUUCACAGUGAUCGACCAAAUUUGCCGUGGUCAAAAAGAAGCCAAGGAACUCACCAAAUGCAUCGAAGAAAAUAUUCUGAAAAAGACAUAUCCAAAUUAGCUUGAUUGGAGCGAAAAACAUCGGCGACUUGGAGAAUCUAUCUGAUUUACAAAUGGCUACAAAAAAUCCAGAAGCUUAUUGUUAUUUUUGCAGUUGCAGCACAACAAUAUUUCAGCAGUUGAAGCAAUCCAUUGGUCCACGGUAGGCCUAUUUCAACCUACUAGCAGGCCAAGGGAUCCACCUUUUCAGUAUGGUGAACGUCAACAAUUCUGGUGGAGAGUUCUGCGCACCCUGUAGAAGGGUUCAACAAUUUGCGAGAGGCCCGCAUUUCGUAUACCUUAAGGAAAAACGACUGGAAAAAGUUCGGAUCCAGAGUACCAACAAAACUAGAAGAGGACCAAAAGUUCCAAAGAACUAAGGGGACCAUGGGGAGAAUUUGUUAUAUUUGAAAAUUAAACUACAAUAAGAUUUCAAAUUUAUAUUUGAAAAUUAAACUACAUACAAUAAAAUUUC